GAAGAAGAAACUCUUUAACGGUUAGAACUCCUGAAAAGACAUCUGCUUUUGUCUUUAUCCAGUUAGGUUUAAUACCAGCAAGAGAGGUCCUGCAGCCUCACCGAAGACCUUCGGAUUGAAAAUAGUUUCGCUUCCCCUGCGACGGCCUCUUCAGGAGCAUCUUUUCCGCCGUGAAGGGACAACUAUGGAAGCUCUUUGCAGCUCCGAGGAAAUGCUGACCAAAGCAUCUCAGCUGUGGACGAUGCUGGACGACAUGGCCGAGAACAACCCCGAGAGUUAUUGCCACUUCAUGCAGCAGCAGCUAAAGGAAGCAAAGCACCAUUAUGCUCUCCCGGAGCCGUCUCUGUGCCUGAAGACCAGCAUUUUGGAACCUAGCAAAACCUGUCUCUUCAUAAAUUUGUGCCGUUGGAGUAGGAUCCCUGCUCCCAAAUCACCCUCGGAGCCAGUUCUGUUGAGCGCUGGCAAAAUGGAGACGCUAUCAGAUAAGUCAGAGAUCUGCAGCAUCCUUGACAUGGCAUACAACCCAUCCGUUCUUGAGCGAGUCGAGGAUAACCCACCGGAGAAAGAGCAGUUGAUUCGCAUGUCACUCAAGUACGUCGAGGAGCAUUUCAGUGUCACUUUGUCCCAUUCCUGGAGCGUGGCCAAAUUUAAAUUGAAGGGAAGCCUUGAAAGGAUGAGAGCCAGCCUGAGAAGAGAACAGCCCCCAUUGGCUGUGCCCCAGAGGAACCCCAAUAAAGAAGUGACCCUCAGCCAGCUGAGAAGCCUCACAGCCGAAGACAGCAGUGACCUUAUUCUGCCAGCAGCAGAGAAGCCCACAGCUUCCAAAAAGCGCCUAAUCGAAGAGAUUUCCAGUACAGACAAGCCAGAGACGCCCAAACCUGCCUAUAAAAUGACCACCAAGAAGGACGCAGAUGAGAAACCCCGAGAAAUCGAGCUGAAAAUUGAACUGCCGGGUAUUCGCAGUGUGUCCGAGUGUAAUUUGAGCGUCUCUAAGGAUGACGUCUUGGUCGAGUGCCUUCUAAAGUACAGACUGCGGGUGGACCUCCCGGUGCCUGUGGAUGAAGAAGCAACAUCAGCAAUUUUUAAUAAGAAGGAAGGACUCUUGAUUGUCAGAAUGCCUGUGUGCAAGGGGAAAUGACACUAGCUGACAUGGUGUGGAGAUGCACACGGUCCCCUUCUCUUGAUUCUCUUCCUCUUCCAGCACUUCCCAUUCGGCCUUUUGCACAAGUUAACAUUAAGCGUGUUGGUUACAUGCCUGUUUUAUUUCUCUUUGAGUUUCAAGGCUAAAAUUCUUCCUGCCUUUUGGGGAUGCAAGAACCCAGGAUAAAAUGCACCCCUAAAUACAUGCUUUUGACAUUUGAAGGUUGUUCUGAAGGCAUAGUUUUUCCUGCAGUUAUUAACAAAUAAAUGGACUCUGUAUCUUGUUUCCCCCAUUAACCAAAACAAUAAAAGUGUGUGGGGGGGUGGGAACCUAUUGUUUUCAAUCAUUGCUGGGUUUAUAUUAUUUUUUAACAGUUCUGAGAGCUUCCUGUAGUCUUAAAAGCUCAGCUUAUUUUCUUGGAGAGGCAGGGGAAACACUGUAGGGGGUGGAACACUUACGAACCAAAGCCAAUUUAUUUCUCUAGCUCCGUGUUUCCUUGGCGACUUUUAAGUCCUGUGGACUUCAAUUCCCAGAAUUCUGGGAGUUGGAAGUCCACAGGACUUAAAAGUUGCCAAGGUUGAGAAACACUGUUCUAGCUGCUUGUUCUUUUAAGCUUCCUGUGUUGUUUUGUCAUUUGAAGAUAAAUACGCCUUCAAAGAAUGCUUAAAGAAGUGGCAUCUGCAGGCAUGGACAAAACAUUCAAGAUUGCAUCUGCCACCGUAUGUUUUAAGUUGUGCUCAAAUAAAAAUGGCUAUAACUUUGAGCUGGUUAUGGCUGCCAUAUUGUCUUGUACAAUACCCUGAGGACACAACUGAAGGGAUGUGAUUCCUUAACAAAAGGCUCAUUCAAGUGCUGAAGAUUAUAAAGGACCUUUUGGUUCACUUGGAUUAAAAAAAGAAUCACUAAAAACAUUCAAAAUAAUUCCAGAGUUAACAGCAGUGGCCUUCCAGACCUGAGAUGUCAAGGGCCUUCCCACUUUGCUUGAUAUUUAUCCAUUUUUCCCCACCAAAUAACUUACAUUCAAUGUCUACAGACAGCUAAACAAAAAACUCUCAGGAAAAGGAAUAACAGUCCAAAGAACAUCAAACUUUUAAUGCCAGUCUGUAACCAAAUUAAGAUGUUUUCUUACCAAACGGUUGAAUUACAACUAAACUCAAUAAAUUGGUUCUCAGAAAAAAAAAUAUUUAAUUGCAUGUAUAAUAUACUUGUAGUGGAUUCAGUAGCGCAAAUUGACAGACAAUAUUGAAUGAAGUGGUGACGUACAGAUUAACAUGGGGUGUAUUGGUUAAUGGUCUACUCGGCUGCUCGGGUCACAUCAAUUAGCCAUUUACAUGAUCCACCUUUUAAAAUUAGCUUUUUUCCCUUGGCAAGCAAAAGAGGCGUUUCCCAUUAGAAACUCUUAUCUACCUAGGAGACAAUUAAAACCGUGGCUGGGCCCCGUUUUAAAGAAAUCUCAUUUCUAGCAAAGAUGUUUACAAAUUUACGACUUAUGAAACUCUGCUUCUCUUGAGCCUGGGACGGACAAGAUAGCAAAGCUGUUCCAGAUUAGCAGUCUGGUUCUGGAUUUCUUGGGAGCUGAAGUGGUUGUGCCCAAUUGUUCUACUGAUUUAGUGGAAUUCAAGCACAACUAAUUCACACUUGGUUGGGCCACUUGAUCACAAGGCAUCGGGGGUUUUCCCCCCUCCUUUCAUGCAGUUAGCAAAAGUUCUCAUUUCAGCUAUUCGGAGGUCAACGUCCCAUUUCAAAUGCAAGAUCGCCGGAGGCCGAGUACAGCUGCAAUAUGGGCUGAUUUUGGGAACCUCUGGAGUGCUUCAUGCUUAAGACUACUAGCCCAUUUUUCAGGGGGAGCAGCAGCUUCCUGUGUGGGAUGGGAUAUUUCACAAACCUUCCUCCAACGUGGGAGGAAGGAAAGAUUGUUUUCACGUUCCUGCACACAAACCUUGCUUAAAGGAUGGAACCGCACCUUCACGUUCCUUUCAGUGGGAAAACAGCCCCAAUCUGCCCAGUCUAGACCAUUAAGCGGGGGAGGAGGGACCUACGGGGGGGGGGGGGGGGAGUCUGUAAGGAGUCCAUAUGUCGCCUAUCUUUAGCUGACCCCCUAACAAAUGGCUUCUGUUUGGAGUAAAACUGCGUUUACUGACCUAUAAAGGAAGCGAAACAACACAAGCUCAAAUUACGGAAACUCACAUAAGGCAAAAUCAUCAGAAGGAUUUUUAAAGGGCUGUUCGGUUUUAGCUGCUCUGACUCAAACUUUCAUCUUCUCUUGCAGUCUGCUAAAAGGAUUCCCUGCUGCUAAAACAUCUGGCUUACAGUUGAAUUCUGCAAAGUUAGAAUGUCAUCUAUUUUCAGAUGAUAGCAUCUUUU